AUGCUCAGCACUGCUGUAAACUCUGUGAUCCUUUCAUCACUAAAUCUCGCUGAUUCAGAUCUGUUUGUCCACACAGUGUUCAGUAGAAGACAGGAACACGACAGUAUCGUCCUUCCGGUCAUUUUUGGAAUCAUAUGUUUGGUGGGCACCAUCGGGAACUGCAUCGUCAUCUACACCAUAACCAAGAAGCCAAAGGGGAACCACAACAUCGCCGACAUCUUCAUUGUAAGCCUGUCGGUGACCGACCUCCUCUUCUUGCUUGGAAUGCCAUUUUUGAUCCACCAGCUACUGGGCAAUGGCGUCUGGCGUUUUGGGGCCACCAUGUGUACGAUCAUCACCGCUUUGGAUGCCAACAGCCAAUUUGCCAGUACCUACAUCCUCACCGCCAUGUCAGUUGACCGCUACCUUGCCACAGUACACCCCAUCCGCUCUUCGUACGUGCGGACAACCUGUGCGGCAGCCAUGGUCAUCCUGCUGUUGUGUCUCUGCUCUCUGAUCACCAUCAUCCCAGUCUUCAUGUACACCCAACUCAUCGAGCUUCCAGAUGGCAACGCCGGCUGCGGCAUCAUCCUGCCCAACUUGUCCAUUGAUAUUUACUGGUACACCCUCUACCAGUUCUUCUUGGCUUUCGUCAUCCCUCUACUCAUCAUCUGUGUGGUCUACCUCAAGAUCCAGAAGCAUAUCUCAUGCGUGGUGGUCCCUCUACCCCAAAGGAAUUUCCGAGUCCGAUCCAAGAAGAUCACGAGAACGUCUGUGACUAUCUGCUCUGCCUUCUUCAUAUGUUGGGCUCCAUAUUAUAUCCUACAGCUGGUGCACCUCAAGGUGGAAGAUCCCACCGUCGAAUUUCUAUAUGCCUACAACGUGGCCAUUAGCCUCGGCUACGCCAACAGCUGCAUCAACCCCUUCAUAUACAUUGUCUUGAGCGACACCUUCAAGAGGCAUCUGAUUAAGGCGGUGUGCCCGGGGCACCAGCAGAGAAGAGGGGAGCGGCAUGCCACCAGCGAGGUCAGCCCAUCCGUCAGGAUAUGCUCGGUACCAACUCAAGAGACCUCCUUAAGCAUGAUGUACUCCAACAAUAUAGACAAUUAUAUCUCUCUGUCCGUUUCCGUUCCAUGA